AUGUCGAGCUCGCUGGCCUCGCAGCUAGCUGGGAUCCGCUCGCACAAUGCAGCGCGUCUCGCUAGCUCCAGCGCGUUAACAGCAAGAGACUCGUACUUGUUUACGCCACGUGCAGCGGCCGAGCAGGACCAUCUUACCGUCCAUGCUCUAGGCGUGACUGGCUGGGAACAGCUUCUGGAUGAAGACGCCGUGCUUGCUUCCUGGCCACAUGGGGAUCUGCUUUUUGGAGAACGCAGCAUUCAUACAGAUCGUACUACACUGCCGAAGCAGGACAAUGAUGAGAUUGAUGAGGCUGUGCGAGAGCUGCUGUAUCUGCUGGGACCUGUGCUUCUUUCGCGGAGUGCGGCUAAAUGCUUGGAGUGGCUUAUCAGGCGAUUCCGGAUCCACGAGUAUACCUCGCGCGAGCUACUGCGCGCAUUUAUGCCGUACCAUCACACACCGCAAUUUGCCCGUAUGCUCCAAGUGAUUCCCAUCGAGAAGUACGCGGAAUGGCAAUUUCUCGUGCCUGUCAAAAAGGCACAGUCUUCACUCCCAACAUCUCUGCUAGUACAAGCUCUUGGAAGUAACCUGGAUGUGCUCCGAUGGAUAGCUUCUAACCAAGCGCCAGUCCAUGUGUCUGUGCGGCGAGCGCACAUUCCGUUCUGGACAUCUACGCUCGUUCAAUUCUGCUUGCUACACCGCCGUGCAAACAAGAGACGUCACCGAGCAGAUGCACAGGCUAUUUUGACAGUUCUUGUCCCUGAGGUUCUGCUCUUAUUGGAUGGCACGUUUGACGAGGAGGCUGUGGUCGGUGCACUUAUGGUGUUGUGCACGCUGAGUGUCGCAUUCCCUCUGAGUGCGAAGGCUGUGCGGGGCCUGAUUGAUGCGGUGUCGCAGCUGGCCGCAUCAUCAGCAAAGCCUGCUGUGGCUAGGGCCAUAGUGGCAGCGUGCAUUUCUAUGUGUGCGAGUCCCGAUGACGUCGACGAUCCGCUGAGUUAUGUUGCUACGGGUCGUGGUGUGGAAGAAUCCCACCGCUUAUUGUCGGAAUCGACUGUGCGAGCGCUUGUGCAGCUCCCUGAAUUUGGCGCACAAAUCGCUCGCGCACUUCGCACGCACGACAUUGAACCAUUCAUAUCGCAGUUGCUCGGCUCUCUGGCCUCAGAUGUUUCAUUCGCACCAGCGCGCUCGAUGCUGGAGUCAGUGCUAGAUGAUGAUGCAUUACCACGAGUGCUGUCGCUGCGUACGUGUGUGAGUCUGAUGCUAGCACCACAUGACGAUGCUUGGGAUGCACGAAUUGCCCUUCUUGCUCGCCUACGCGAGCGUCACCCAAGCAUCUUGGAUGAGGCGUUGUCAGUGGCACGUAAUUCUGACGAGGCACGUGCCUGGCAAGUCAUCCAAGCUGUGCUGCACAUGCAAGCGACCGGCAAGGUCCCGACGGCGUCAGACUCGCAAGAUACCGCGCUCUGGUUGGGCGUGCAGAGUGCUGACGCGCAUGCACAAGAGCUGGCCCUAGACCAUCUUUUGCAGGCUGUGGGUCGUGGGCAUGUUUGUGGCAAUGAUUCGCUUGUCCGUGAUGCCGCCGAGACUGGCUUUGCUCGUGGCCUUGUGGACGUCUUGUACCGACACGCAGCCAUACUUGUGGAUGCCAUUGGGCCGUCGUGCCUGCUCGAUACCAUCACCACUCGCCUACAUGAUGAGUCGAUCUCUGCUCACGAACGGGAUUUGCACUUGAAAUUUGUCACAGAGACACUUGCUCCUCGUGCGCCUGCACUCAGCCAGCGUGUGUGGCGUGAGCUGCUGUGGUCCCAGCUUCUCCGUUGCGGAGACGGCGAUAGCGAUACGAGUGCUCGACGUUAUCGCCGUCUCAUUGGCGGUUUCGUAUCAUGUUUGGAGCAUGUGAAAGAGCCAAUGGCUCAGAUAGCAAGUACCACUGCGGCACGCAUGUCGGCCUCGAAGGAGGCUUCUCCUCUCACUUGGACCCUUGCACUCUCAGACGCUUUGGUAAGGCACCUAGCGACUUGCGAUGAGCCAACGUUUUUGGAUGAAGCAGACUUUCUGUGCAAUGCUGUCAUUCGAUCGCCUAUAUCGCCGGGUGGUGCGUUGGCUCUCCUGGUCAUAGGCCAGCUGUUGGCGCGCGCCCUGCCACCUCGUGUGUGGGUAACACUGGCCUAUCAGGCGACCUCGAUCGUGCACACGCAACAACUACUCGCUGGUCAGUUAGACGAUGUGGUCAUGGGCGACAAAGCGGACGAAGCUAUCAUGCAACAGGUCUUGGACAAACUCUCGCGACGCAGCGUACGGCUGUUAGGUGUGCAGCUCAUGCACACCGUCUUGCAGCACUUCCCAACGUCAUCCAUGGAUGCGUCGUUGUUUAUGGACAUCCAGCAGCGUACAAAGCCGCUGGCCCAGCUGAUUCUUCAUAUGUACCAGACACUACACGCACCAGGUGUUGGUCUUACCGCCUCGGUUAAGCUCGUGCCUGUGUUGUUUGAACGCCUCGAUUUGAGCACAUUUGCUUUGUUGGCCGGUUUGUGGACGACUCCUGGUGGACAUGGACAGCGGUCGCUGCCUAGGCAGUCGCUUUCUCUGGCAUCGCUAGCCUGUGCGCUGGAAGAAGGAUCGCUAGUGCCCCCCAGCUCUGUUUCUGUGCGCUUGAUGGCGAUGCGGCAUGCGACACUGCUGGCUCGUGCAGCCUCAUCGAAGAAGCGUGCACUUGAUCUGCAGACGCUCCUGCCCAGCCUGCUUGUCGUGCUUCAGGACAGUGUGCCUGUACUCCGUAAUGCAGCUGCUCAGUUGCUCGGCGCGCUCGAUGCAUGGAAUGCGGCGUGUGGCAAGGAUGACCGCGAAGUAUACGGUUUCGAGCAAGUGUAUGGUGUGCACAGUGCACCGCUGCAGUAUCUCGAUACGCCGACGUAUGCGAAGUACACGUCCCUCUUAGCAAAAGAGGCAGGUGCGUUCGUCAAUGACGCGUCAUUCCUGGCAACUACACAUACAUCCAUUCUCCGUGGAAGUGGCAAGAAAGAGGUCUUGUUCCGCACGAAGGUGUUGUGCUAUCUCAUGAGUCACGCAUUGUGCUUGCCGGAUCUGAGUAUGCGUAUGGCUUUGUUUGGCAUGGUACGCGAUGUGCACGCACCAUGCAAGCUUUCGACGGCACUGCCUCUAGUGGCUGAGGCUGUCGAUGCACAAAAGCCGAUGAAUCCAACCUACUUGCAACUGCUGUAUGAAACGUACGAUGCAAGUGCCGUGCCUGUGUUGGAAGACCGCAAGACGCAUGCGUUCUCACUCUUUCUUCGGUCGCUGCGCAGCGAUGCUCCUUCGGGGCUCCAGCAGGUGUCUCUGGAUGCGCUGCAGCAUGGUCUGUUCGUCGCAUUGCGCACGGACGACAAGCAGAAGGUGUAUCUGACCAUGGCGGAGACGCUCGCCGACCCUCAUGUCGCAAGUGUGCCAAAUGCAGGUGCGGUGCUUCGGUCAUUCCCACUCUCAGAUGCUGUGCUUGUGUCUGUGCUGCGCACGCUGUGCGACUCGCUUGCCACAGACGAUGACGAGCCAUCUAGCAAGCGAGCUCGAUCUUCCUCGUCCUCGACAUCGCUUGAUGAACAUGUGCAGAAGACGGCGAUUGUGCUUAUUACUGUGCUGGAGAGUAUACAGAGCCGCACGCUCGGCAUGGAGGCGGCUCUGGUGGCAGCGCUCUUCGAUGUGGUGCGCACGGCCAUUUCACUGAGCUCGACACACCUAUUCAAUGCCGAGUAUUUGCUGCAGCUUGCGAUGCAGAGCCUGUGCAACCUCUUUGACCAUGUGACGGAAUUGCCCACGGAUGUUGCCCAGGUUGUACGCGCUGACACGAUCGUGAGCGCGAUCAAAGUGUCGACAAACACACAGAGUAUCAACCACGCCAUCCUGCUUCUUGCACGAUUUGCGCGUCUUGACGCCGAGCUCGUCCUCCACAAUAUCAUGCCGAUCUUUACGUUUGUCGGCCUGAACGUACUGCAGCGCGAUGACCGAUUCACUCUUUCCGUGGUGGAGCAAACGCUGCGGAGCAUCAUGCCGGCGUUUGUGAAUGCAGUGCGGCCGCAGGUGAUCAACGACAAGGAUGCGCGACUGGCGCUGUGGUGCGAGACCCGCAGCCUACUACGCAUUUUCAGCGAUGCGUCCACGCACAUCCCGCGGCAUCGCCGGCAUGUGUUUUUCCGUCUCCUUGUCGAUGUGCUCGGUGCUGAUGACUUCCUGGCGCCUGUGUGCAUGUUGCUUGCCGACCGUGUGGCACACCGCGUGUCCAAGGCACCAAGCAACAGCAGUGCACUUAUGCAGCUGCCGCUAGGUCUUAUGCGCGCCGAGUCAUUCCCCGUACGAGUGCAUGCGCUAAAUCAGAUUUGGGCGGAAGUCAUGCGCUUGCUCCAUGGAUCGGACGACGUGUUUUUGGCCCCCGUGCCUCGGCGUGAGUACUCAGAUGAGCACCUGUCAACCUUGCAUCAAGUGCAUGCGCUCCUGCUCUUCCUACAGGAUGCGAUGUACAAUGUCGAUCCACGUGAAGCGGAGCAGUGUGCCGAUCAACUACAGCAGUAUGCUUGGCAUACGCUGUGCCUUGCACCACCAGACGAGGUGAUUCAGAAUGCGCUCGAUAAGGCACGCACGCCUGUCUUCCAGAUGCUACCGACGCCCACGUUCCUCACACUCGUGCUCGUCCUGCUGCGCGGUCAACAUGAGGCGCCAGGCGUGCGUGGCCACAUCCCGUCGAGUUUGAGCUCCGUGCAGUUGCAAAAAGCAGGCUUGGCUCUUCUGCAGUCACAUGCGCCUCUAACGACAGAGGAGCGCACAGCUCAGGCAGAGACAUUGGACGCCGUGCAUCAAGCGCUGAUGGCCAUCUUUGAGUCGCAUGCGUCGUCCCAGCUUAGUAUGGAUGCUCUCGGUGCACUGCACACAAGUAUCAUGCACUGUGUGCCGGCCGAGCAUGCACAUGUCGCAGCCCUCAUGCCACAGCUCCUUGCCCAUGAGGCUCAGCCUAUCUUGCUGCGUGCGUUGUCAGACAUGGUCGUUCGUGUGGGAGUACGUGCGCUCUCGCACCUAUCGAGGCUUGUGCCGUACGCAUGCCAAGCUGUAGAGUCGGCGAGCUCCCUGAGUCGUGCAGACGGUGCUCGCGAUCGCGACGAUGACUUGUGUAGUGCAGGUCUUUCGAUGCUCACUGCUUUGUUCAAGACACUCGCCCAAUUCAUGCACGCUUACGUCGAGCGGGUGGUGCGUCUUCUGUGUCAUCCCAUUCUGCAACAGCACAAAGAUAGCAGCGCGCAAACGCGUAAUGCCAAGCGCAAGGUUCAGGACGCCGUCGUCAAACGCAUGCCAGCGGCAACAGUGCUAGAGGCUUUGGCUUCUGCAUGGCGAGACACUGACGUGUCACGUACGGCGAUCUUGCACUUGCUGCAGCUGGCCGUGCGAAACAUGGACAAGAGCGCGAUUGCCACCCACUACAAGGCCGUUUAUCGCUUCGUUCUGCAGGCCAUGGACGAGCAACGCCACCACAAGACGGCGCCUGCCGAGCAAGCGCCAAGAAAGGGAGAAGCUGUCUUGCCGUCUGUGUUGCGUUCGGUGGAAGUGUUUGUGACACUUGCGUUGAAACUUAGUGAGACACAAUUCCGUCCCCUGUUCUUGCGCACCUACGACUGGGCGCUUGUCGACUUACUCGACCAAGAUGCCCCCGGUGUUCAAGCUCGUGCCCUCACGCUAUACACGCUUGUCAACUCGCUCUUUGAGCAUCUUCAUGCCAUGAUGGCGCCGUUCUAUGCGGUUCUUGUCGACAAUGCGUUGGAGAUCUUGCAGCAGACGCUAUCACGAGACACGAUAACGGCCACAGCGCUCUGGCACCAAGUCGCCCGCAGUGUGCGACUGUGCGCCGAGUCAGACGAGGGCUUGUUCUGGAAUGCAGCGCGUGCAAAGCAGUUCGUACCGCCUCUCGUCGCAGCAUUGCAACAUGAAACCGAUCAAGACACGGAUGGAGAUGUAUUGGUCCCUGCGACACUCUUGGCCUUGGCGAAGGCUGUGCCAGAAGAUGAAUUCCUGCGUACACUCAACACAAGCUUGAUGUCGGCCGCCAGCACGAACGACGUGACAAGCCGCGUGCGGGCCUUGUCUGUGUGUGCAUCACUAUGGGCUGGGCAUGGGAUGGCACUCCUGACUUUUGUGCCCGAAACUGUCGCAGCUUUGUCCGAGUUGCUGGAUGAUUCUGACCCACGCACGUCUGCCGCUGCUUUGCAAUUGCGCGUGCACAUUGAAGAGGCAUUGGGCGAACCACUUGACUCGUACUUGGAAUCGACAAUUUAG